CUGAAUGCUACCACUGGUAACACUCCCACCCAACGACUCCUCUUCCUCCCCCUCUCUAUCCUCAACUCAGCCCAUUCCAUUUCUCCUCCUCACUCCUCCCAUGGAAGUUUCCUUCUCCUCCAAGCCUCCAUCACUGACCUUCAACCCAUGCCUCCCUCUCUCUUCCUCCUCCUUCUCCCACUCCCGGCUCCGCUUCGUCCGCCGCCGAUUCCUUGGCUGCGAUCACAAUCUCCGCCCGCCGGAUGCUCUCCGCUCCCGAAAACGCUGCAGGAAUGCUCGCCUUAUCAUUCAGUCUCCGAGAUGCAUCUUCCGAGCUACUUUGAGUUCCAAUCCUGUGCUCAUCGUUGUCGCUGUGGUUACCUUCUCUGCUGUCUCCUUCAUCUACAUGAACUUCAAUAGGAGGAAGAAGAAUGCGGCUGAGGGUUCCCAGUCUCCAAAGCUUGCCUUAUCUCAACUAGGUAGAGGCAUCAACUGGUCCGUUGAUGGUCAGAUAAUGGGCUUUAGGGAUCAUCAUGGCGACUUUUUAGAGCAGAACAUAGCCAUAAUGGAUAGAACUGAAGAGAGGGGUUAUUCUGGGGAAGAAGAGACAGUUCUGCAGCUUCAAAAAUCUUCUUUGUCACAUGAGGCUAGCACCACUGAAACAUUGCAGCCACCUAUUUCUGAAGUUACUAGUUCUAAAGAUAGCGAUUCUCUAUUUCCAGAUGAACGUGAAGCAACAGAUCCUUCUAUUAUUUCUGAUAUAUUUGAAUCUGGCGUCCUGCAGCCUCUUGUUUUUGCCAAUGACAUGACUGACUUGCAACUGAAGGUGUCUCAUGUCAAAUCCCACUCUGACUUGACUGUUGUGGCUGAUACAACUCAGCUUCCACCUGUUGCUGGUCCUCUAUAUAGUGUAUAUAAUCAAGUGACUCAACAUUUUAAAGCAGAUAGUGAGCUUCUAAAAGAGGAAAGACUAACCAGUUCUGACUUUCUAAUUGAAGAACCGGCAAGAGAAGAUAUUUACAUGUUCUAUGAAGAUACGCAGUCAAGCAGUCAAACAGCAACUUCUUCUCGUACUGCUCAUUCAUACAAUCAAAAAUUUUCUUCAGUGACAAUUAACGGCAUCUCGAGAGGAGCAGAAUUAGUGUCAGAGGAUUCUCUUCAAAUUUCAGAUAAUGCCUUCCGACAUGUUGAACGAAAAGUACCUGCUGCAAGAAAUAAGGAAGGUUCUUCUGGGAACAGAAAAAACUUUGGAGGAGGCAACAGUAUUUCAAGACACGUGGAGAGAAAAGAACCCAGUCAGCAUAAAGGAGAGGUUGUCAAUGGGUUAUCCUAUCCAAAUGGGAAGCAUGUCCAUAAGAAAAAUCUUCAUGUAGAUCAAUUUAAAGUCUACAAUCAAUAUCUAAAAGGUGGAAGGUUGCAGGAAUGUAUCAAACUACUUCAAGAUAUGGAAAGAGAUGGCUUAUUGGAUAUGAAUAAGUUUUAUCAUGGGAAGUUUUUCAAUAUAUGCAAGAGUAAAAAGGCGGUUCAGGAAGCUUUUCAGUACGCCAAAUUUAUUCCAAACCCCACAUUGAGUACAUUUAAUAUGCUCAUGUCUGUGUGUGCAAGUUCUCAAGAUUCUGACAGAGCUUUUCAAGUUGUGCGGCUUGUCCAGGAGGCUGGAAUGAAAGCAGAUUGCAAACUAUACACUACUUUAAUCUCAACAUGUGCCAAAAGUGGAAAAGUGGAUGCAAUGUUUGAAGUAUUCCACGGGAUGGUUAAUGCAGGAGUGGAACCUAAUGUUCACACAUAUGGGGCACUCAUUGAUGGUUGUGCCAGAGCAGGUCAAGUGGCCAAGGCAUUUGGCGUGUAUGGAAUAAUGAGGUCAAAGAACGUGAAGCCAGACAGAGUUGUAUUCAAUGCACUUAUCACUGCAUGUGGUCAGUCAGGAGCAGUGGAUCGUGCUUUUGAUGUGCUGGCAGAAAUGGGGGCUGAGAUACAUCCUAUAGAGCCUGACCAUAUUACAAUUGGUGCUUUGAUUAAAGCAUGUGCGAAUGCUGGUCAGGUUGAUCGGGCAAGAGAAGUGUAUAAGAUGAUCCAUGAUUAUAAGAUUAAGGGCACACCAGAGGUUUACACCAUUGCUGUUAACUGUUGUAGUCAAUCUGGUGAUUGGGAGUUUGCUUCCAGUGUAUAUCAAGAUAUGAUCAGGAACGGAGUACAACCUGAUGAGAUUUUUCUCAGUGCAUUAAUAGAUGUAGCAGGACAUGCUAGUAAGCUGGAUGCUGCCUUUGAAAUAUUAGGAGAAGCCAGGUCACUAGGGAUACAUGUCGGCAUUGUAUCAUAUAGUUCAUUGAUGGGUGCCUGUAGCAAUGCUAAAAACUGGCAGAAGGCGUUGGAGCUAUAUGAGGAUCUCAAGUCUAUGAAAUUGAGGCUUACUGUUUCAACUGUGAAUGCACUAAUAACUGCACUGUGUGAUGGGGAACAACUACAAACGGCUAUGGAUAUUAUGACUGAAAUGAAGGGAUCAGGGCUCUACCCUAACAACAUUACAUACUCCAUACUUAUGGCGGCAAGUGAAAAAAAUGAUGAUUUAGAAAUUGCUCUCAUGCUCCUCUCUCAAGCCAAAGAGGAUGGGCUUGUGCCAACAUUAAUUAUGUAUAGAUGCAUAAUUGGCAUGUGCUUACGAAGAAUUUCAGAGCCCACUGCCCUUGACAGACCACUCCUUUCUCUUGACUCUAGACUGCCACAAGUAGAUAGUAAGUGGACAGCACAGGCCUUAAUGGUGUACAGGGAAAUAAUUGAAGCUGGAAUUGUUCCCAGCAUUGAAGUUUUAUCUCAAGUUUUGGGUUGCUUGCAAAUUCCUCAUGAUCCUGCCUUAAAAAAUGAACUCAUAGAAAACAUAGGAGUUAGUGUUGACAGACCAAGAUCUUCAAAUCUAUGCUCCUUUAUACAUGGCUUUGGUGAAUAUGACCCUCGGGCAUUUUCGCUGUUGGAGGAAGCUGCUUCACUUGGAGUUGCUCCAUUUGUAUCCCUCAAAGGAAAUCCUAUUGUUGUAGAUGUCAAGGAGUUGCAGAUUCAUACAGCUGAGGUUUACCUCUUGACAGUUUUGAAAGGUCUCAAACAUCGGCUUGCUGCUGGUUCAAAGUUACCGAACAUCAUGAUCUUACUGCCAGUUGAGACGACACAAAUUACCUCUUCUAAGGGGGAGAGGACCAUCAACCUUGCAGGAAGGGUUGGACAAGCAGUUGCGGCAUUGUUGAGAAGGCUCAGACUUCCCUACCAGGGGAAUGCGUCACAUGGGAAAAUCAGAAUCAACGGUUUAGCCUUGAGAAGAUGGCUACAACCAAAACUUUCCGAUUCUCUAAGUGGAAAACCAGGAGAGUUCAGCUCAAUUCACUCRCGUCUAAGAAAAGGAAUAAGCCAUCAGCAGCGCAAUAUUCGCACCGGGAAUUUAUCAUUGGAUUAAAGAGGUAAGCAUAGGCAAUAACAUUAAGACAGCUUAGGAAUGUCUGAAGAAGCCUUUUGCUACCAUAAGCGGAUGACAGAAAUUAUUGAAACCAGUGACCUUCCACACCACUUUAAUCCAACCCAGCUGCAUUUUUUAGAUCUUCCUCAUAAAUGUUAGAAUAAAUAAAUAGUAGGCUGUUGGUUCUCUCAAUAGCAAUGCUAGUUGAUGGGGACAUAUGAUGCGGUAUAGAGCUUUUGGUUUCGUGGCAAAUUCAUGGGAAGAAGAGAUGAUCAAUUUGCAGAGACCUAUCAUGCUUGGGCAUCUCCGAAAAUAUUUCUGGUCUAGAAGUUCAUCACCAAAGUACGUAUUGAAUUGAUCUUCUCCCGCCCUUUCCUGAGGUAAUUUUUAUAUUAUAUAUACGAAAUGGUUGUCAAAUUUUGUAAUGCAAAAACAUAUGACGACUUUAUAAAUUUGUUAAUCCUUCUUUCCAUCUAUUUUUGGAAUGAGAUGUAAAAAUGUAGACUAUUAUUAAAAUUUAUAGACCCAUGAGUUUGUUCUGCCAACCACCGUUUCGCCCACUAAAACACCCGGAUCCAGAGAAGAAAUUCUGGUAUGUUUCUUCUUAUUUCCUCUAGUAUGCAGUCAAGUGAGGAAAUGGAGUCAUGAUUCUUGUUUCUUGCAUCUUUUAGUGUAAUUAUUAGUUCAAUGAAAGCUAAACCUAU